CUCAUUCAUUCUUUCAUCAAAAGCUCCGAUCUGUCUCUUGUUUUCUCAUCAAUCUUAGACCAAAACCCCAUUUUUUUUAUUUUAAACUUUUUGGAAGAUUUCUUCUUUUUUUUUCUUUUCCCAUGGAGGUUGCUAAGCAUUCAAAACAGGGUACUCCCGUGAAAGAUCCACGAGGGAAUUCUGGAUCAAAAACUCGAAAGUUUUCCAAACUUUCCGAGAAUUCAAAUCCAAACAUCUCUGCUACAAGUUCUCCAUUAACAAAAUCUUCAAAAUCCCAAAAAUAUUCUUCCAAGGAUCCGGUAGUUUACUCACCGGUAGUUUACUCACCAAGAAACAAACUUAGGGAAAGAAAGUUUGUGGUGGCUAAGAAGAAGUUAAAGAAAGAAAGGUCUGAUGAUUCAAAUCCAAAUGUUGGGGUUGACUGCAAAUGUAAAGAGAAGUCUAGUGGGAAUUCAAAGAAAUGCCUCUGUGUCGCUUACGAGAAUCUGAGAGCAUCUCAAGAGGAUUUUUUCAAGAACAAAGCUGAAACUGAAGUUGAAGUUGAAGUUGAAGAAGAAGCAAUGAACAGUGUGCCUGAAGCUGGGAAAGUUAUGAAUUUGGUUAAGGCCUUUGAGAGGCUUCUUACGACACCAAAUUCGAAGGAAUCAGACGAUAGGAGUGAUGAAAAGGAACAAAAAGAAGAGAAUGAUAAUAACAAGAAGAAGAAGCCAUUGAAAUGGCCAUCAGAAUUUGUUUUGACCGCUGAGAACCUUGGUCUGGAUCGGCGUUUCUCAGCGUCUUCUUCUUCUUCGGAUAGCAGCAGCCAAGGAAGUGUUUCAAGCAGGGCUUCUAAUGGAGGUCGAAGAAGCCAAAGAAAUAGCUCUGAGUGUCUCGGGACAACUGGUGGGAGGAGAGGGGAAAAGCGGGACAAGCCAACUUCCCAGAAACCAUUCAAGCUAAGAACUGAGCAAAGAGGGAAAAUGAAGGAAGGCGAAUUCAUGAAGAAGAUCCAAGAAAUGAUGGUGGAAGAAGAGAAACAAAGGAUCCCAAUUGCUCAAGGCCUCCCAUGGACAACAGAUGAACCUGAGGUGUUGAUAAAACCUCAUGUCAAAGAGAAUACAAGACCAGUAGACCCGAGACUCCGCUCUGAAAUUCGAGCGUCGGAGCGUUCAGAGUUCGAUCUUCAAGUAGCUGAGAAGAUGAUUCUAAUAGAACACUAUAAAAUGGAAAGGGAGAGGCGGGACAAGAUGGCAGAAGAAGAAGAGAUACAGAAGUUGAGAAAAGAGCUCGUUCCAAAGGCACAGCCUAUGCCUGUCUUUGACAGACCUUUCCUUCCUACAAGGUCCUCAAAGAAUCCAACAAUGGCAAGGGAGCCAAAGUUACAUAUGCCACGACAUAAGAAGACAAAGUUCUGUAUAUAAUGGAUUGACAUGAAGCAAGCGACUAUAUUCUCCCAUUUUCUUAAAGAUUUGUAUAUUAGCAACCAAUUUAGCUGCAUUUUUUUUGGAAGAAUUAUGAAUGAAGGUCUCAUUCUACAA